UAUCAAGCGUUUCGGAUUAUGUAAACAUUGCACUUUAGUGAUAGCGAUUUUCCCUCUCCGCUCUUUCUCGGUAGGCUCGGUUUUCUCCAUUCAAAAUAAUCAAAAUCAGUUUGAUUUGGUUGGCUUUGUGCAGCGGUCGCCCGUUGUUUGUUUUCGAUCAAUUUCCUCACAUAUCAAAGUCGAAAUGUCAAUAAAGGGUUGCACGAAUCCAAAAAAAGUGUGUAUCGUCGGCAGCGGCAAUUGGGGAUCUGCCAUCGCAAAAAUCGUGGGGAACAAUGCCCUCCAACAAAAGCACCUUGAUGACAGGGUCACCAUGUAUGUUUAUGAGGAGAUCAUCAAUGGGAAGAAACUCACAGAAAUAAUCAAUGAAACUCAUGAAAAUGUUAAAUACCUGCCAGGCCAUAAACUACCAGCUAAUGUAGUUGCCAUACCAGACGUAGUAGAAGCAGCAAAAGAGGCUGAUGUUUUGAUUUUCGUGGUACCCCAUCAAUUCAUCAGGACGCUGUGUUCAACUCUCUUGGGUAAAAUAAAACCAACUGCCAUUGCUUUAUCAUUGAUAAAAGGUUUUGAUCGUGCUGAAGGUGGUGGAAUCGACCUUAUUUCGCACAUCAUAACCCGCCACCUGAAAAUUCCAUGUUCCGUUUUGAUGGGUGCCAAUUUAGCAGGUGAAGUAGCAGACGAAAAGUUCUGCGAAACAACGAUAGGUUGUAAAGACGUCACAGUCGGACCUCUGUUGAGAGACAUCAUUCAGACCAAUUACUUCAGAGUUGUAGUGGUUGAUGAUGAGGAUACGGUAGAAGUUUGCGGUGCUCUGAAGAACAUUGUAGCUUGUGGUGCCGGCUUCGUAGAUGGUCUCGGGCUCGGUGACAACACCAAGGCUGCUGUAAUUCGUUUAGGUCUUAUGGAGAUGGUAAAGUUUGUCGAUGUUUUCUAUCCAGGCGGUAAACUCGCUACCUUCUUCGAGAGCUGUGGUGUUGCCGAUCUCAUAACCACUUGCUACGGUGGACGAAACCGCAAAGUUAGUGAGGCGUUCGUCAAAACAGGAAAGUCCAUCAAGGAAUUAGAAGAUGAGAUGCUGAAUGGGCAAAAAUUGCAGGGACCUUUCACAGCGGAAGAGGUUAAUUAUAUGUUAAAAAACAAGGAUAUGGAAGACAGAUUUCCUCUCUUCACUGCCAUCCACAAAAUCUGCACAGGCCAACUGAAACCCCUGGAUUUCAUCGAUUGCAUCAGGCAACACCCUGAGCACAUGGUGAAACAAAGUAUCAGCUAAAAUUCCUAGUGGUUUUGACGAGAAGCUACUUUGAAAAACUUCGGAGUUAAUCCAUACAAAUAAGUUUGAAUUAAUCUUUCUUGAACUGUAUAGGUAAACUAUAUGCCGAAGAAUGUUAAAAUUGAACUGUCACUGUGCUUCUUUCGAAGAUAUAGUUCAAAAGAAUAGUAAAUCUCUUGUUUUAGAGAUAUUGUUGAUUAGUUGUAAGUAAUGAGGGCAAAUAAAUAACUGUUUAUUCAA